AAAUUCCUGGUUCUGUUUUGAUACAACAACAAUAUCUUCUUGUGAGAAGGGAAAUGACACCACCACAAGAGAUUUUUUAAAAUCCCUAGAAGGAAAUAAUAACUUUGUAAACGAAGUUUUCAAUCAAGGAUAGUGCGAAAAUCGUUAUCACCACAAUAAAUCCGCCUUACAAUCCCUUUACAUGUGACCAUUAUGUAGAAUCAACAUUUUUAAAAAUGCAUAAUUUGGCUUCCAGUAUUUAAAGAGAUAUCAAAGAUUUAUUACACCCAAAUUCACUUCACUUUUUAUUCAGUUGAAUUUUCAAUGUCUACGUUUUGUUAACCCCAUUAAUGAGAAAUGAAUGGAUACGCCAUUGUGUACACACAUGUCACGUGCUACCCACAUCGAGUCAGUGUUAGCUUGAUGACGCGACCUUUAAUUAUAGAAUGUGGAUAUGCAACCAAUCAAAUUAUAAACUACGUCAUGAAUCACGGGGUGUGUGUAUCAUCAGAGUAAAAAACAUGGAAGAAGGGAUAAGAGGAAUGUCUGCUCUAGGUAGGAAUGUACUUGAAUAUAUUACACCAGAAUCAUCAAUUAUUAAUGACAGGUUAAUAGAUACUGCUAUUCAAACAGAAGAUGCGGUAGAUAUGCCUAUACUGGAUAAUGAAAGUAGAACAAAUGCUGCCAGUUUUACAGAAAAUAUAAAUAAAGUACAAAAUGAAUUUAGAACAAAUACUGCUAUUUUUACAAAAAAUGGAGAAGAUAUAAGCAUGCAAGUUAAUGAAUUUAGAAGAAAUACUGUCAUUGUUUCAGAAAAUAGAGAAGAUAUAAAUAUACUAGAAAAUGAAUGUAGGACAGAUACUGCUAUUUUUCCAGAAAAUAGAGAAAAUAUAAACAUACUAGAAAAUGAAUAUAGGACGAAUACUGCUAUUUCUACAGAAAAUGGAGAAAAUAUAAACAUACUAGAAAAUGAAUAUAGGACAAAUACUGCUAUUUUUACAGAUAAUGGAGAAAAUAUAAAUAUACUAGAAAAUGAAUAUAGGACAAAUACUGCUAUUUUUACAGAUAAUGGAGAAAAUAUAAAUAUACUAGAAAAUGAAUAUAGGACAAAUACUGCUAUUUUUACAGAUAAUGGAGAAAAUAUAAAUAUACUAGAAAAUGAAUAUGGAACAAACGCUGCUAUUCUCCCUGAAAAUUUACACAAUCACCCAAUAGCUAUACCAUUUCGUAUAGGAAAUGAAUUAAACAUAACAUUAUCAGAAUCAGUGAUUGCUGACAAUGGCUUAAUCAACAUAAGAUUGUCACAAUCAGUGUUUAUCCAAGAUGACCACAUCAAUAUUGAUGAAUGGAAAUUGGUGACAAUUUACUAAUAAACAUUAAUAACUAUUUGUGACUAUAAUUAAUGGUGCUCGUCUUUCAGAAAAUGAAUUAGAUUUAAAUAAACCAUACUAUGAUCGUACACAAGAUUCUAUUCUCAUAUAUAAUUAAUUAAGCAUUAUAAUACAUUUCAUAAUAUUAUCGCUUGCGCAUGCGCGCUCAUCGCUUUAUACAGUCAAUGAAAAUGUUGGGGAUUUCUUGAUGUGCGAUAAUUGAAAAUCUAUGGCAUAUUAAGAUACCCAAAUUUGAAAAUUUAUUGCAAAUUGAGAUACUCAAAUCGCUGUGCAUAUAGAUUUGAAUGAAUCAUACAUCAAACCUUAUAAAUAGUAAUUUCUUGAAACAUGAUCCAUGAAAAUUAAUUGCAUAUAAAGAUACUCAGAGCACUUCCUGUCUUGUGUAUAGCUCUGAAUAAAUGAUACAUCAAAUGUAUCAAUUUCUUGAAGUUUGAGAUCUCAAAUCUGAUUGCGUAUUAAGAUACACAAAUUACUCACUCUCACGUGAAUAAUGCUGAAUGAAUCAGAUUUUUAGCCGAGUUGCAACGAACUCGGCUAUUGGUUUGGUGAUGCGGUCAACGGUCAAAGUCACAGUGACCGAAAAUAGAAUGAAAAUUUCAAAAAAAUUUGGUUUCCGGAUGAGAACUCAGAAAGUUUAAAUCCGAAUCAAAUGAUACUUAUAGAUGUUGUUAUGUACCAGGUAAGGAACACUCCUACUGAUUUAGGAAAAAAUAGGUCAAAGGUCAAGGUCACAGUGACCGAAAAUAGAUUUAAAAUUCCCAAAAAUUUGGUUUCAGGAGGAUAACUCGAAUUUUUUUUACUUUGAAUCAAAUGAAACUUGGAUAUAUUGUUGGAUACCAGCAAAGCAAGUCCCUAUUGAUUUUGGAGAAAAAAGGGUCAAAGGUCAAGGUCACAUUUACUGAAAAUAGAUUGAAAACUUCAGACAAAUAGGGUUUCUGGAUAGUAACUCGAAAAAGUUUAACUCCAAACUCCUUUCAAAAAUAUAUUCACAAGAAUUUAUUACAUUAUAUCCAACAAUUAGUUCUUUACAAUUAUAAAUAUGCCACAUCAUUCCUGACUUUACAAUUAUCCCAUGCAACUCGGCUCAUGUACCCCUGGGUGCAUAUAUUGAUUUUAAAUGUCUAAAUUGAGGAUUUCUUUAAGCGUGAUAUCUGAAUUCAAAUCUUAUGUUUAACCUUGGGAUAUUUUUAUCUUGAAACUGAUAUUGUUAUCCUAAUCUAAGACUAAAUAUGCCCUACGUAAUUAAACUUCCUUAAAACAAUAUGUUUCUUUGAACCGUUAAUUAUUCAAUCAACCAAUCGGUGUAUAAUACUUAAAUUGAAAAAUAAAGUCUUUGUUUCGAAGUGGUUCUAUUGUGUACGGUGUAAAAUAUUCCAGUUCAUUCAACCUAUGUACAUGUUGUCUCUUCAUCCAUUUCAAUGUCUGUUGGGUAUCUUUUGAACAUGUUUGGGUUUACAUAAUUUGCAUGUAGUGAUUUCUAGAUAAAUAUUUCCCGUUCAGCAACAUCUCCAUGAAUAUCUUUACAAUUCUUCUUUUAGUAGUUGUGAUGUAUAUUGUUUAUGUUUUCUUCAUCAAUAGUUAUAUAUAUAUAUAUAUAUAUAUAUAUAUAUAUAUAUAUAUAUGAACGUAUACUAGUAUAUUUUAUUGAACUGUGAUUGUAAGAAGAAGAAAAAAAUAAAGCUUUUAUUGAGUUGAAUGGACCAAAAGCUGUGGUUACCUGUACGUGACAUCAAGCAGUGGUUACCUGUACGUGACACCAAGCAGUGGUUACCUGUACGUGAUAUUAAGCUGUGGUUACCUGUACGUGUAGUGGAGGAGAUUUUGUGUGGUAGGAAACGACAGGUUCUUUUUAUCCAGAUUUCAUUUUACCUGUUCCUCUUGUUUACAUAAUGAGAGAUAACGUGAAGAACAUAUUGAAUGCAAACAGGAAACAAAGAUAGACUGUAUCAGCUUUAAAGUUCCCGAAACUUUCAGAAGUCAAAGGUAUAUUUGCAGUUUGAAAGCCGUAUUUCAUCUUUCGAUGCAGAUAAAUGUACAUCGACAGUUCGGACAACCAGGUACAAUCCAGCUAUACAUCUCAUUACUAGUGAUGUCGAUUAUCUGAAGUCCAAAAUUUAGAGAGAGCCAAACUUUCAUUGAUGAUAGAACUUCAUUUCUAUUAUGGAAUCUGUCAAAUAUUAUUCCACACGAUGGGCCAAAUAUGAAACGAAACUUCACACCUUGUCAAAAUGAAGAAAAAGAUAUGGAUAGGACUGCAGCAGAUUACGUUUUAACAAUACACAUGAGCCAUCCAAAACAAUUGUAUCAUUCAUUCAACAUAACAUGCUUUUGUUACAUCUUUGGUAAAUCCCUUUAUUCACUUUAAAUGCAUAUUAAACUGUUUGUUGUGCUGUGAUAUGUGUAGAAGGUAAGAUUUCAUGGAGAUUUUUUAAUUUGGAAGGGAAAAGAGCUAUAAAAAAUCCAACAAAAUUCUGAAAAAAAAGCCCAACAGAUGAAAAAGGCUAAUUCUGUUCUCUUUGAUGAAAUAUUCUAUUUUGGGGGGCAUCAAGAAUUGUUAUCAUUUUGCCAAUUACAUCUCUAUAUUAUAUACGUGUAGGCAUAUGUAUGUGUUAUAUGUAGGUUGUCUUGAAUAUUUGAGAUUGCUGAUUAGUACAUGUAUUUCGUAAGUGUAAAUUUUGUGACAAAGUAUUUUCUUUUGUUACCUUUUGAACUUUCCAAUUAUAUAUAAAUUAUAUAUAUAUAUAUAUAUAUAUAUAUAUAUAUAUAUAUAUAUAUAUAUAUAAUUCCCGAAAAUUUUGACAAUCUGGUUGUUGGAGGUUUAGUGUUUAUAUAUAUAUAAUUAUAUGUGUGUGUGUGUGUGUGUGUGUGUGUGUGUGUGUGUGUGUGUGUUUAUAUAUAUAUAUCAAGGUCAAAUUUCUUAGCCUGACGACUGGUACCAAAUAAAUAUUACCACCAGCUAUUAUACUAUUGUUAGAGUGUUCCUUUAAACGAAUUAUUCGAUUUUUCACACUUUGUAUCAUACUGUAUCUUAAUGUUAUAAUUUCAUCAUUUGCCUUUGAAUAGUCGAUUUCGGUUUCAAUAUAUUUGCAUGUUUUGUUUUAAUUUAGAGGGUUUUGAAAUGAUUAUUAGUAUAUAAGAAUUUAGUCUAAUUUAUAUUGUAUAUUUCGUUACGUAAUUCAUUUUGUUUUCUCCUGUUUUCAUAAAUUCAAUAUUGAUGUAAAAAUGCUGUAAAUAGAAAUAUGCAACAUAAAUAAAAGAAAGGCUUCAUCACAA